AACUUAACGAGAAACCAGCAUGUCUUUCCCCUGUCCCUCAUUCUCCACCUCACAAUUCCCUUCUUUCUAUUUUACACUCUUUUUCUGCUUCUCAAUCUAACUGUGAUCUCCUCACAAUCUAAAACACCAUCUUCUGCAUAAUUUCUCAAGAAGCACUGCCAAAAUGUCACUUUGUUAUUCUUCCAAUUUCAUCUCACUCAACCAGCAGAAGCUUUCCUUAAGUUUCUCUUCACACUCUUCUCAUUUCAUCAACCUAUUCCGGGUAAGCUCAAUUCCUUAUGCUCUACCUUCUUGGCCUGCAAAAUCUUAUGAAUCCAUGAAAUUUAGCACAGAAAGAUUGAAACUUUUUGCUUCCCUGACACCAUCUCAAGCUGUUGAGAGCACCUCAUCUACAUUUAGAAAGAGGGACCCAAAAGAUGUUAACGUUUUGGUGGUGGGUUCAACUGGGUAUAUUGGAAAGUUUGUGGUGAAAGAGUUGGUUAAAAGAGGGUUUAACAUCACAGCCAUUGCCAGAGAGAGGAGUGGAAUUAAGGGUAGCAAUGACAAGGAUCAAACCUUGGCUCAGUUAAGAGGGGCCAAUGUGUGCUUCUCAGAUGUGACCAAUUUGGAUGCUUUGGAAGAAUCUUUGAAUAGUUUUGGGGCUUCGUUUGAUGUUGUGGUGUCAUGCCUUGCCAGUAGAAAUGGAGGGGUGAAGGACUCAUGGAAGAUUGAUUAUGAGGCAACAAAGAAUAGCCUUGUUGCUGGUAGGAAACUUGGAGCUUCUCAUUUUGUGUUGCUUUCAGCAAUAUGUGUGCAAAAGCCUCUUCUUGAAUUUCAGCGUGCCAAGUUGAAAUUUGAGGCUGAGCUAAUCAAGGAGGCUGAGGAUGAUGGCUUCACUUAUAGCAUUGUGAGGCCAACAGCAUUUUUUAAGAGCUUGGGUGGUCAGGUUGAGUUGGUGAAAGAUGGGAAGCCUUAUGUGAUGUUUGGAGAUGGAAAGUUGUGUGCUUGUAAGCCCAUAAGUGAGCAAGAUUUGGCUUCUUUCAUUGUGGAUUGUGUGCUGAGUGAGGAUAAAAUUAACAAGAUCUUACCAAUUGGAGGGCCAGGGAAGUCAUUGACACCGUUGGAACAAGGGGAAAUGCUGUUUAAACUUUUGGGGAAAGAGCCUAAGUUCUUGAAAGUUCCAAUAGGGAUUAUGGAUUUUGUCAUCGGGGUUCUUGACUUUAUGGUUAAGAUAUUUCCUUCACUGGAAGAUGCUGCUGAGUUUGGAAAAAUUGGAAGGUAUUAUGCGGCCGAAAGUAUGUUGCUUUUGGAUCCUGAGACUGGAGAGUAUAGUGCUGAGAAGACACCUAGCUAUGGGAAUGAUACAUUAGAAGAGUUUUUUGCCAGGGUUCUUAGGGAAGGGAUGGCUGGUCAGGAGCUAGGUGAGCAAACGAUAUUUUAAGAUGGUUGUGUUUAAAUAUGUAUGAAUCCAAUAGGUCAAAUAGAGCAACCAGUUUUGUUUCUGGAAAUGCAUGUGUUCAACAGAGUCACUGUAACAUUUACACUAAGUAAAGACAUUGUUGAAAGAAAUUCAAGUCUCUGGAAAUAAAUUAUUGAGGAUUCAUUUUUCAAUUUCGUACCACUGUCAUUCCCCUGUUAAAUUGCUUAUUGGCAGCUGGCAGCUGAAAAAGAAAUGGAAGAAUGUAUAAGAGUGUAUUGUUGAUAUUUUCUUGAAUAUACUAUUCCAUAAAUUU